AUGGCAAUCAACCAUAGACCUUCCAUUUUUGUGGUGACAGAAACGAAAGUGGGAGGAGACAGAGCAGCUAAAAUCAUUGAAGGGCUGCCUUUUGAUGGGUUUAUUACCACAAACACAAUCGGAUAUGCUGGGGGUUUGUGGAUUCUCUGGAAAUCAGAAGAGGUGGAGAUUCUUCCUUUAUCAUCCACAGAACAGGAGAUACACACUACAGUUAAGGUGCGUUCCUCCAAUUUUACCUGGCUUAUGUCUGUUAUUUAUGCUAGUCCUAGGUUGGCUGAAAGGAGAAUUCUUUGGAAUAAUUUAAUUACUAUUGCUCAUCUCCAUAAUUUACCUUGGCUCAUGUUAGGAGAUUUUAUCGAAGUGCUGUGUGGGGAUGACAAGUUUGGUGGUAACCAUGUGAAUUUGAAUAGAGCCUUAGAGUUCAAAAAUUGUUUAGAUGAGUGUAAUAUGCUGGAUUUGGGCUUUGUGGGCCCAAAGUAUACGUGGACCAAUCGUAGACCCAUCUCUAAUUUGAUAUUAGAAAGAAUAGAUUGA